AUGGAUCAAUUUCAUGAUCCUAAUCAACAACAAAUUACUCCUAAACCAAUGUUUGAUGUCAUAGAACCAUCAAUGGUUAGAGCUCAAUUCAUCUCUAAAAGAGAUAUAUCCUUUUCUUCCUACCUUCAUCAAUCUCAAAUUCAUAAAAACAAGUACACGCCUCAAAUAGGCCUAAACAAAACAGAGGAUUCUGAUCAAAUUAGCAUAUUUGAUGCAGCAAAGUACUUCAGUGAUCUUCCUGAUGACCAAAAAACUCAUGAACAUACAAAGGGAAUCCAUAAUCAACUCGUUUCGAUCCCCCCAAGGUUGUCCUCAGUAUCAUCAUCUAUAGAUGAUAAUGGGAGCAACUAUGGGGGUAGAAAUAGUAGUAACUAUAGAGCAAGGUCAUUUCAUGCAACUCCAACGGCCUCUUCGGAGGCUAGUUGGAAUAGCCAGACGGGUUUGUUAGCAAACCCGCCUGGCUCAGUUGGUGUUAGCAUCCCCAAAGCAUUGUCACCUAAUAGUAGUACUAGUACUACUAGUAACGCGGCCCCAAGAUGGCCUAGGAUAAGCACGAAAUGGCUUAUUCCUAGACGAAAAUGUCCUUGUUCGGGGAAGAAAUCAGUGCAAGUAGAAGAAAGGAUUGAAUCUAAUACACCAAGGAUGGUGGAUUUAAGGCGUAGUAGUUCUUCAAAUGGUAGUGCAACUAAUUACAUCUCUUCCUCUUGGUACUCUCCUAGGCAAAAUAGUCCCAAAAAAGUUGGUAUAACAAUUCCUUUAACAUCCCCAAAUGUUGUUAUGGCCCCUCAAGAGCCUAGGAAUAACGUCAACUUUAAUCUCGUUGCAAGAAACUCAAAUGAAAAUAACCACCACCACCACCACCAACCAGAUGGUGGAUUUUUGUCUGUCGACUCGAAUCCCAAGGUGGUGGGACCCUUGAAGUCUUUUUCUAAUCAUUCAGAAAUAAUUGAGAAUCCUCCUGUUGGUGUGAAGAAGAUGUUCAAUGUGAUAGCAGAGCCUCCUAGGGACUCAUUGGAGGUGUACCAACCUAGGAGCCACUCGAGUCCCAAGUCUCGAAGAACGAGCUACGAGGAUGAUAAUGUGCUUAGUGAUGGGAGCUCAGACUUGUUUGAGAUUGAGAGUUUCUCUACGACUUACCCUUGUAGAGACUCAAUGGAUGAAGUUGUUGUUCAUGCUUCAAGUUUUAAUAGUAGUACUAUGAAGAGACUUGGGAUUGUUUGUAGGAGCAACAACAAUGUGGAUGAAUGUGAUGAUGGUAUGGAUGAGCCUAUGACACCUUCUGUGGCACCAACAGAGUGUUAUGCUCCUAGUGAAGUUAGUGUUGAUUGGAGUGUCACAACUGCCGAGGGAUUUGACCGAGCUAGCCUUACCAACUUCUCUGUUUCGGCCUCUGAAAUCGGACUAUACGCCGCCAUGAGGCGAGAAUCGGAGAGAAAUAAUGGUGGUGGUGGUGGAGGUGGUGGUGGUGGUGAGGAUAAGAGGAGUACUAAAGGAGGUGGGAAAGGGAAUAAUGGGAGUAAUGGUGGUGGGUUGUUGAGCUGUCGAUGUGAGAAGGCAGUUAGUGUGGGACCGGUGCCAAUAAAGUGCUCGGCCGAGGGGGGCCCGCCGAUCGCGGCGAGGCAUGUGAGUGGUAGGGCAACACAGCAGCCUCAUGGAGUAGCAGCCCAUGUCAAUGGGAGGUGGAAAUAG